AUGACCGACCGCGCACGCACAUACAACGUCGACCUGACCCCUAAGAAGCAUCACGGCUAUGCUGUCCUUCUGUUCAUCUUGGGAACGCUGCUCCCUCCACUAGCCGUGGCAGCGCGCUUUGGGCUCGGGUCCGACUUCUGGCUGAACCUGAUUUUGACGAUCUGCGGGUAUAUUCCCGGACAUGUCCAUAACUUCUACAUCCAGAACAUCCGCAACAACAAGAAUCACCGCCGAACGCCAAAGUGGAUCCAGAAAUACGGUCUCGUUGAUACCUCCGAGAUCAAACGCAAAGAGCGGCGCUCGCAAUGGGCGAAUCGCUACGACGAACGCCUCCCCCGCUCCGACCUCGAAGGCAGACCCUACGAGGACGGCCAAGAGGGUAGCUCCAGCGUCGACCUUGCCUCCGACGAGCAGCAGGGCGCUCGCACGCGCACCAAUGGAAACGGAGGGCUGUGGAACCCAGGCGAAGAACGCUACUACGGCCAGAAUGGGGACUCCAACAGCGUACUUACUGCCGGGUCCGGGCGCUGGCACUACCCCGCCAACUUCGAGGAUGCCGCACCGCUGCCGUCGCGCAAGAAGUCGUCCAAGAAGAAGAAGGAGAAGAAGGAUCGCUGGGCGCGCACAGAGGAUGCAUACUCCGUCCACGAGGGCGACAGCUCAACGCGGCGUAGGAAGUCGAAGCGGAAGUCGUCGAAGGCGGUGGCGGACGACGACACCUACUCCCGGCGCAGCGAGUCGACGACUGACUUCCCCGAAGACGCGGAGGGCGGUCUGUACGGCGAUCGGCGGCCGGCGGCGGGUGCGGACGGCGCGCAGGAGAACGCCCGAACGACCGACGACGUCAUCUUCAACCACGAACUCUAG